AUGACUGGCACAGAGCGAAAGGUUUUCCAGAAAUAUUAUCCGCCUGAUUUUGAUCCUUCAAAAAUCCCACGAGCAAAAGGACAGCGGAACAGACAGUUUGUACAGCGCGUAAUGGCACCUUAUAAUAUGCAGUGUGACACUUGCCAUGAGUACAUAUAUAAGGGAAAAAAGUUUAAUAUGAGACGUGAAACCGCGGACGGUGAAACCUAUUUAGGGCUGAAAAUCUUUAGAUUUUAUUUCCGAUGUCCAAACUGUUUAGCCGAAAUAACAUUCAAAACGGAUUUGGAAAAUUGUGACUACCAGCAAGAACAUGGAGCAACUCGCCUUUUUGAAGCUUUCAAGCUGUAUCAACAGGAGGAGAAAGCAAAAGAAACAAAAGAGGAAGAAGAAAAGAAAGAUCCCAUGAAAAUGCUUGAAAAAAGAACAAAAAUGAGUCGAGCCGAAAUGGAAGCACUGGGUAAAUUAGAGGAGUUACAAGAGACGAAUCGACGUCAUGAAACGUUUGGCCCAGAUCAAUAUUUCCAAAAUUUAGUCAAGGCUCAAGCAGAGGCUUUGCGGCUGCAAGAAGAUGAUGAUGAAAAAUUCAUCCAGAAGUUAUACGGAAGAACGGAAGACGGUAAAGUUAUUAAACGAAUACUGGAUGAUGAAAACGAAGAUAUGGAGUUGCCAAUAUAUAUGAAACAAGAAAUAAAGCAUGAGCCUGUGGAAGAAGACCAGAAACCAAGUUGUUCAUCUGUUGACGUCACGGAUUUAAAGCCAGGUACGUCAGGACAUGGUAUUGUGGUGGCACAUAAACGAACAUCGCAAAAGGAACUUUUAUCAAACAUUGUUACAGUUAAAAAACAAAAAGUGGAAAGGAAUGAGUCAAUAGUUGUCAAAAAAGAAAUUGAGGACACAGGCAAUCUCGAAGAUUUACCAGAAUAUCCCACAGCAAAAAAAAUUGAAAAAAAUGAUGGGAAAUCACAACCUGUUUCACUAGCACCACCAUUAUCUGCCCUUCAGGGCCUGGCUGAUUAUUGCAGCGAUUCUAGUAAUGAUUAA